UCAAGUGUAAAUAUUUUAUUCUUAACAUGUGUAAUUACAGUGGACGUUUGCUUUGCCGUGACGUUUUGGUGUGUAUUUACGAACAUUCGUGCGAACAAUUUCGUUACUUUUUGUAGUCAUGUCAUAAAACAACCAAUUUAACAGCCAAAUAAAAAUAUUAAUAUUUAUUUCAAACAUUUACCGGUUAUUUACCCACUCCUUUAAAUUAAAAAAAAUUAAGUAAGUUUAAAAAAAACAGUAUAAUUGCUUAUUUAAUGACUUGCAGCGAAAUCAUAAAAAUUAUGGACCUGGAGGGAAAGGUAACUCCUCAGCAAUGCAAGAAAAAAUGGGAAAACCUUAAGAAAACGUAUAAGGUAAUUUGCUUGCCAAAAUGCCUUUGCAUCUGUGAUAUUUAAAAAAUGUAAAUUUAAUUCUAUGUUAUAUAUAAAUGUCGCAGAAAUGACAUAGUGGCACAGGUAUAUGACGUAACCCACACUGUCCCAAUCUUUCAAUUUUUGGACACUUGUGACCUGCACACUCGAACCCUAAUGGACACUUCUGAGUGUCCAUUUCACACAGGGGCAUAGGGUGUAGUGUUGGUAUUGGGACAGGGCCCAUAUCGGAGUUCCGAGUGCGCAUGUCAGGAAUCCACUUCCGGUCGCCGCUAUCGUACAAACCAUACAGCUCCAUGUUACAAACCCACGUACGCGCACGUCAGGCACUGCUUUCUGCUGCAUCAGGCGUUGUUUACAUCAGCAAUUCAUGCUUAUUUCUCUCAACACUUGGACUUCAGUGAUACACAGCUCCCAGACCAGCAGCAGAUGUUCAUCUGGUAGUAGAGGUGAGAUGGGCAGGAUAUGUGCAGUGAAAGACUGUGGGAAUAGCACAUAAUCUAUUGAGAGAUGGAAGCAGAGAGUGUGUGGACUACACAACUGCAGGUUUGCAUCAGGGAUUGUGAUUGCCCAAGGCCAUUUCAGCUAUUCCCAUUCCCAACUGAGCCAGCCAGGAGAGCAGAAUGGACAAAGAUAGUGAACAGAAAGCAGCUGGGCUCUGGCUAUGUAAAGAACUGGACACCCAACAAGAAUUCUCGUGUCUGCAGUGUACACUUCACUGAUGGGAAGCCCACAGAACUGCACCCAAACCCAACACUUCAGCUUGGCUAUGAGCUAAAGCAGGUUGGUAACUGUGGAACUGGUGGCACCAUGUUUCCAGAACUAGGAGAGGCAUGUCCUUCAUCUCUUCUGCUGAGUUCCUUGGCCGAGCCGGCAUUGAGCCACAAAGUGAAGAUGAAGAGGAUUCAACAAAAAGACUUGUAAUGUGUACAGAGGUCAGGACUGUGCAGAAUUGGUCUUGAAGCUUCCAGAACUAAACUGACUGUUCCUCGGUGCGCCAUAGCUAACUACAUUUUAGUUGUGCUUCAGUGGAUUUUAUGAUCUCCUCUUACCAUGUUUGGUCACCUUCUGGUCUACUGAGGUAUAUGUUGGAAAUCCGCAGAGAACAAAUAAGGCUCCAGUAUCAAAAUGGUUUCUAUACUGGAGUUCAGCAGUCAACAUUUCCAGAAUGAUAUCUUACUGUAUGUAGCAUUUUAUCGGAAAAAUAAGUAAUUUUUUUAAUAAUCACAACUUGUCUUUUUUGAAAAACAUUUUUAAAAGUCUGUAUUGGGCAACCGAAGGACAUGUUUAUGUCCCACACAAAGAGCAUUACUGGUGAAUGUUGUGAAAUGUGACUGAUUAAGGCAAUAAUUCCUCAGUGCUGUAUGAGAUUGGUCUUGUCCAAACAUGUAUUUGGGCAGGCCAUUAUGCUCAACCUGUUUAUGUCAUUCAGUGAUGUUUGUUUUUACGUGUGUUGGCAGUCUGAGUAGCUCAAAUCUGAGAGAAUAAAUGUUCAAGAUACUGUACACUGUAGGACUGUGCUACAGUUUCUGAAAUCUUUGACGCUCUGGGAAACUAUACAUUAAUUGUUGCCUUUGACAAGGUAGUUGUGUGUAUGUUAGCAGGCUAUAGCACAGAAAUUCAAGGAUUUCUACAAAUGUGAUAAAAUAUCUUUGGGUGAGGGAAAAGUAUACACAUCUAAAAAUCAUAAAUGCAUGGAAGCCUGCUUUAUGAGGUCACAUUGAUCGAUCGAUGUUCAGCUGACAAACUGAGGCGGUAAUGUGGGGUGGUUUGCACUCUGAAUGCCUUCUUAAUUUUAACAUACUUCUGUUGACUUGUGCUGACUAAAAAAUGAUUGCGUGUCUACUGACUUGUCAGAAAUAGGGAUGGGUAUUAAGAUUUUAUUGAUAUCGAUGCCAUUAUCGAUUUGCUUAUUGAUCCAAUUCCAUAUCGAUUCCCUUAUCGAUACCUACAGUGGAUUUUCUGUGUACUAAAAGUAGGUUUUACAGGUUUUCUAUGUCAACAACAAAGUAUAUAAAGUAAAUGAAUAGGAAAUUGUUCACUGGAUCCUUGCU